AUGCCAAGUAUAUAUCUUGCUAGCAGAAUUGAUAAGCGACUGUGUAGGAGUGAAGGAAUGGAGUACACGAAAAGCCUCGAGGCUAAAGAUCUGGACGUGAAAUGGAAGAAGACAAGGCUAGUGGCAUUUGCCUCGUGUACAAAACCAAAACUUCAAGACACGGGCUCGGACAUGGCUGAGCAAAGAGACGGAUCUAAUGCGCAGGAAAGCGACUUGGAGGGAUCUAAUGGUUGUUUGGAUAUAAUUUCUAAUAAGGCAGAUCUCGAAGACGACGACGUGUUUAUAUGGGAUCGACCGCGACGAGCCUCGGAGCCUGUGGUCUUAAAACGUAACGGUAAUGCGUCGAUGUUCCGCUCCGGUCGUCAAAGACAAAACAAGCUGAGAACUUUAAGCGAAGAUGUCACUGUAUCGGGAAACAGACCGCAACUGAGCAAGCUCGCACGAUCAGCGUCUAGCUCCGGCACGCGGACUGCUUUUUCGCAAUUCUUCACGUUCUCUCCAACGAUUGUGAGGAAAAUAAACCUGAGCGCUUCUUUACGAGAUUGGCUUGAGAGCGAGAGACAAUCGAGAAACAAAACGAGGAAAACUAGGGAAAAAAACAUCGGAUCCAAUGAUGAAUGUUUACAUCAGAAUGUGGAAAAGUCAGAUGGCGAGGAGUGUUAUCCGUAUAGAAGACGCUCAGCUGAUACAGUGGGCAAGAAAUCAAAUAUUGACGAGGGACGUCGACCAUCGGCCCCGCCAGCUCUCUCUGGCAAGGAGAAUGAAAACUGCAAACAAAAAAGCGUUCAAGCAAAACCUCAUACAGCGCUUCUUUAUAACGGUGACAAUAAAUUUGAUAGCGUUCAUGAAUUUCAGAUUCAUACUUUGAUAAACGAGGAAUUAAAAUCUAAACUAGAGUCUGUAUGCUUUUGUGCACAGUCGUGUCGUAAAUUGUGUGAAGAAAUAAGCGAGGUUAUCAAGGAAAGGAUUCAAGACCUACUGAGCACUCCAUGCAAAGUGGUUUGUACUGUUUACAUUGGGGCAUUACGCGAUUACGGUAUCCAUACAGCGUCACAGGCAACACUGAACUAUAAACUGGACUAUCAUGUAUCGGCGUGUUAUCAAAAUGAGUCGUUAUUUGCCGCGGUGUCUGUUUUAGUCGUGCGAUAUGGUGCUAGAUAG